AUGCUUUUCGCUCGUGCUACACGGCGCUCCAUCUUUCUACCAUCGGCCAGGUUGGCCGUCAGUCGACAUGCAUCUACGGCAUCACCAUCACCAUCAUUAUCGCCAUCACAAUGGCCCGUGAACUCUGCUGCCCACAGUCAUAGAGUCGUGGUGGUGGGCGCCGGGACCGCCGGUUUGACCAUCAGUCACCAGUUACUACGAUCUAAACGAUUCUCCCAGGACGAGAUCGCCGUGAUAGACCCGUCAGCCUGGCACCACUAUCAACCCGGUUGGACAUUAGUCGGGGGAGGUCUCAAAGCAAAAGACAGACUGCGGCGUCCACUGCAGGAUCUGAUCAGCCCGCGCUUGAAGUUUUAUCGCCAUACAGUAAACACGUUUUGCCCUGACAGCAACAUGAUCAUGCUUGACGAUGGCUGUCGGAUCGCAUACGAACAUCUUGUGGUUGUUCCGGGCAUCGAGAUCGAUUAUGGAAGCAUCAGAGGCCUUCCCCAGGCUCUGGAAAACCCCUCUGCACCCGUCUCAUCUAUUUAUGGGUAUGAGUUCUGCGACAAGGCAUUCAAGACGAUCGAGAACCUCAAAAAAGGCACGGCCAUUUUCACCCAACCCACAGGCAUCGUCAAAUGCGCCGGCGCUCCUCAAAAGAUCAUGUGGCUGGCACUAGACCACUGGCAAAAAACAGGCCGGUAUACCUACAGACCAGGCACCGGCGCCGCAACAGCGGCAGUAGAAGAGGAUUCGCCAAUCAAGAUCAAAUUCGCAACUGGUCUGGCAAGUCUAUUCGGCGUGCCCAAGUACAGUGCUGUGCUGGAGCAGCUGCGCUGCCAGAGAGGCGUCGAGGGCUCCUUCCAGCACGACCUCGUUGCUAUUGAGGGUAACCAAGCCGUCUUCAAUGUUGCCCUUCCACAUCCAGAGGGAGAUGCAGGUAGGAACGGAAACGGGAGUGGGAGCGGGACAGUUGCGGCCUCGACGACGCGGAAGGUACAGUUUGACCUGCUGCAUGUCGUGCCCAAGAUGGGGCCGUACGCCUUUAUCAAGAAAAGCCCGAUCUCAGACAAGGCCGGAUAUGUUGAAGUAGACGAAGCUACAACUCGUCAUAGGCGAUACUCGAAUAUCUGGUCUGCGGGCGAUGCGUCGAGUCUCCCUACUUCGAAGACUGUCGCGGCGAUUACCGGCCAGGCGCCUGUGCUUGUGCACAAUCUGCUGCAGGCUAUGGAUGGAAAGCCACCAGAUGCAGUGUAUGAUGGUUAUACCUCGUGUCCGUUGCUGACGGAAUAUGGCAAAGUGCUGCUUGCUGAGUUCAAGUAUGGCGGGGAGCCAAGUGAGACGUUUAAUCGGUGGUUUGGCAUCGACCAGGCCGUGCCACGGCGGGCAUUCUACCACCUAAAGAAGGACUUCUUCCCCUGGGUCUACUAUAGCUCUAUGGUCAAGGGGACGUGGCGCGGGCCCAAGGGGUGGAGUGUAUAGAUAGGGCAGCAGCCGGGUUCCCCGUACAGCAAGGCAUUACCGUAGAGUCACUAGAGUUUUCGCUAUCUAGCCUAGCCUAGUCCAGUUUACAGUAAAGUUUGGCGCUCAAUUAAAAUUGGUAAAAUUAAUUAAAUUUAAUCCUUUACGUCGUCUGGUG